AUGUCCAGCAACGAAAAGGCCGGCGACGAGGGCGUUGCCGAGCUCAGCGGGAAUACCGGUGCUGCUGCGAGCGGCACCUACUUUCCCGGCCCGCCGCCUGGUCCUCCCCCGGCGCAGUCGCAGACGCAGCUCUCUCAACCUCCCCCAUCACCACAAGGCCAGCCCGAGCAACAGCCUCCAGCACAGCACCAGCCGCCGCCUCCCCAGCAGCCAGAGCGCCAGCAACAGCACCAGCAGCACCAGCAGCACCAGCCGCCGUACUUUCCUCCCCCGCCGCCCGCCCCCGACGACGAGAAGCAGUCUCACCAACAACAGCAGCACGGCGCCAAUCCAGUCUUUGCACCGCCCCCGACCGGCCAACAUGACGCGCCGACUUCGUCACCGCAGGCUCAGCAGCAGCAGCAGCAGCAGCAGCAGCAGUCGCAGCAGUCGCAGGCUGGUCACAAAAAGCCCGGCUGGGGCCAUCGCUUCAAGCACCUGGUGAGCGCUGGGGCCGCCGCUCCCAUCAACAGCCUUGCCCACAAGCUCGGGAGUCAGAGCUUCUUGCCCGAGACCCUGGACAAAGAAUGCGACAAGGCCGCCGCUAUUCUGAGAUCCUUCUGCGCCAAGGGUGUCUAUGCCGACCCGGGUGCUGGCCGACCCCCAACGUCGACCGCUCCCAAAGCCCAAGAGUCUGGCAGCGCCGUUGCUGACCCUGCCAGGGAGAAGAAGCCCAAGAACCGCGUCAUUGUCACCAUUCCGCCAAAGGUCAUCUCCAAAGCGGUUGGCCUGGCCAUCUUCACCACUCUCCGUGCUGGCUUCCAGAUAUCCGGCGCCACUGGCUCUGGCGUCCUCAUCGCGCGGUUGCCCGACGGAUCAUGGAGCCCGCCGUCAGGCAUCCAGGUCCAUUCCGUCGGAGGAGGCUUCCAAAUCGGCCUGGACAUCUACGACUGUGUCUGCGUCAUCAACAGCAGGCAAGCCCUGGCGGCCUUUACCAACACUCGCGUCAGCCUCGGAAGCGAUUUGGCGGUGGUGGCCGGUCCUUAUGGUGCUGGAGCCGCCGUUGACUUCGGAACCGCCGUGCAGCGCUCCGGGGGUGAGACGGACAAGAAGGGGACAGCGAGCGGGAGCGCAUCGGGACCUGUCCAGGCGCCGACAGCGGCAGCGGCUGCGGCUGCACAGGGCCAGCACUCGAAUGCCCUGCCGCCUGACGCGGGGGCCUCCGGGGACUCGAAGCGCCGAAGUCUCAGCGCCGGCACGUUCAAGCCCGUGUUCUCGUACGUCAAGUCGAGAGGGUUCUAUGCCGGCAUCCAGGUCGAUGGCACGGUGGUGGUGGAACGCAAGGAUGCCAACGCCGCUUUCUACGGAUGUCCCAUCACGGUGCAGCAGAUUCUCCAAGGGCAGGUCCCCCCCGAGGGACCCCAGAACAUGUGGCCCGUCGGCGCGCGUGGACUGCUCGAGACUCUCCGGGGAGCCGAAGCGGGAGCUCAGAGCAGUGCCGCCCCUGUAUCACCUGCACUUGGAAUGACAGCCUCCCCCGGAACUGGAAAUGCGCCGUCAUCAAAUGAAACUCCUGCGGCCGCUGCUGCAGGUGGUCAAGCGCCGUCUGGUGCGCCGCCCGCUUAUGCAGACGAUGGGAGCCAUGCCCAAGAUGGUGAUGUCAAGUAUGCUUGA